AUGGCUGAAAUCAAGCAUGUUCUGGUCAUUGGCGCCAGUGGCAAUAUCGGUAGAGCAGCCAUCAAGGCUUUGCUGGAGGAAAACUUCCAGGUCACUGGCAUGACUCGGGAGUCAUCCAAGGCUGACUUCCCGGAGGGUGUAAAGCACGUCAAAUCCGAUUACUCCGAGGCCUCGCUAGUUGAGGCUUUCAAAGGCCAAGACGCUGUCAUCAGCACCAUGUCUAGCGUUGCACCCGGAGGUGCGCUAUCAUCUCAAAAGUCCCUCAUUGAUGCGGCCAUUGCAGCUGGAGUGAAAGUCUUUUGUCCCUCCGAAUUCGGCAUCGAUAGCUCAGAUCCCUCUGCAUCGACGUACAUCCCGUUCCUAGUGGACAAAAUCGACACUCUCGACUACCUGAAAUCCCAGGAGGACAAGAUCUCCUGGACAGCCGUUAUCACUGGCUGCAUGUUCGACUGGGGCUUGAAUAUCCCCGGCUUCGCAGGUUGGAAUAUUCCCGCUCGCACGGCGACCAUUUUUGAUGGUGGUAAUAUUUCUUUUGAAGCCACAAACAUCGAUCAGGUCGGAAAGGCGCUGGCAAAGUGCUUGGUAUACCCGAAGCUCACUCAGAACCAAUAUGUCUAUGUCAAUAGCUUCACUACCACUCAAAACGAGGUUCUCAAAACUCUUGAACAAGUCACCGGCGAAAAGUUCACAACGUCUGAGGGAACUGUCGACGAGCUGUGGAACGGCGGAGCAGCAAAGGUGAAGGAAGGGCAAGCCCUAGGAGUGUUGGACAUGAUUGCGGGAGCCGUCUAUGGCAAAGGGCAUCUGGCGCAGUAUUCUUCCACCAAGGGACUUUGGAAUGAGAAGCUUGGACUGCCGCAGGAGGAUGUGACUGAGUUCCUGAAUAAAUAUGUGGCGGCAAAGUAA